CUUUUACCGCACAUCUCCCCUCCCCUAGUUCAUUUCGCACGACGCAGCGGUUGGGAACACAGACAUUUUCGGAGCUGGAGCCGCCACUGCCGCCGCCAUUUUGUGUCUGUGGAGAAAGAAGCUUCUUUGGCGGCUGGAAGCGGACAGAGAUCACCCGUGAGACGGCGGCGCUUCAUCCCCGAGGUUCCCCUGGUGUCGUCCCCCACCCCCCCCUCCGCGGUCAGCAUGUGGUGAAGCCGGAGCCGUGAGAGGCCCGGGGAGAGAGGAAGAGGAGUCGGAAGGGAGGCGGGGUGUCGAGAGCGGCUUCAGCUUCAGCUGCGGCGGACCUCGGAGGGGGGCCGCGGCGCAAUGUCAGAGCAGACGCCGGCCGAGGCCGGGGCUGCUGGGGCCCGGGAGGACGCCUGUCGGGAUUAUCAGUCAUCGCUCGAAGACCUGACCUUCAAUAGCAAACCGCACAUCAAUAUGCUGACCAUUCUAGCCGAGGAGAACCUGCCCUUCGCCAAGGAGAUCGUCUCUCUCAUCGAGGCCCAAACCGCCAAGGCUCCUUCCUCAGAGAAGCUUCCUGUUAUGUACCUUAUGGAUUCUAUCGUGAAAAAUGUUGGAAGAGAGUAUCUCACUGCCUUUACUAAAAAUCUUGUUGCAACAUUUAUUUGUGUUUUUGAAAAGGUGGAUGAAAAUACUAGAAAAAGUUUAUUUAAAUUACGUUCCACAUGGGAUGAGAUAUUCCCUUUGAAGAAACUUUAUGCCCUGGAUGUCAGAGUCAAUUCAUUAGAUCCUGCUUGGCCUAUUAAACCUCUACCCCCCAAUGUGAACACAUCUAGCAUCCAUGUGAAUCCCAAGUUUUUAAAUAAAUCGCCUGAGGAGCCUUCAACACCUGGCACAGUGGUCAGUUCUCCCAGCAUCUCUACUCCUCCGAUUGUUCCUGAUAUACAAAAGAAUCUUACCCAAGAACAACUAAUAAGGCAGCAGUUACUGGCAAAACAAAAACAAUUGUUAGAACUUCAGCAGAAAAAGCUGGAGCUUGAGUUAGAGCAAGCUAAGGCACAACUGGCAGUUUCUCUUAGUGUUCAGCAGGAGACAGCUAACUUGGGUCCUGGAUCAACACCAUCUAAAUUACAUGUUUCUCAAAUUCCCCCUAUGGCAGUUAAAGCUCCUCCCCAUCAGGUUCCUGUUCAACCUGAGAAAAGCCGUCCAGGUCCAUCCUUACAAAUUCAGGAUUUGAAAGGAACUAACAGGGAUCCUCGACUUAACAGGAUGAGCCAACAUUCUUCUCAUGGUAAAGAUCAGAGUCACAGGAAAGACUUUCUAAUAAAUACGUUGAACCAAUCUGAUACUAAGACAAGUAAAACUGUAUCCUCUGAAAAACUUAAUUCAUCUAAGCAAGAAAAAAGUAAAUCAGGUGAAAAAAUAACUAAGAAAGAACUUGACCAAUUAGAUUCAAAAUCAAAAUCAAAAUCAAAGUCACCAUCACCUUUGAAAAACAAAGUAUCUCACACAAAAGACUUGAAAAAUCAAGAAUCUGAAAGUGCAAGGUUAUCUGAUGUGAACAAGAGAGAUCCAAGAUUAAAAAAACAUCUUCAGGAUAAGACUGAUAGCAAAGAUGAUGAUGUUAAAGAAAAGAGAAAAACGGCAGAAAAAAAAGAUAAAGAUGAGCACAUGAAAUCAUCUGAACAUAGACUAAUUGGAAGUAGAAGUAAAAUUAUAAAUGGCAUUGUACAAAAACAGGACACAGUCAUAGAAGAAUUGGAAAAACAGGGGACAAAACCAGGGAGAUCAAGUACAAGAAAACGAUCAAGAUCUCGAUCACCCAAGUCUCGAUCACCAAUUAUACAUUCCCCCAAAAGAAGAGAUAGGAGGUCGCCCAAACGAAGGCAGAGAAGUAUGUCUCCAAGUUCGACACCCAAAGCUGGAAAGAUCCGCCAAUCAGGAGCUAAGCAGUCACAUAUGGAAGAGUUUACGCCACCAUCCAGGGAAGAAAGAAAUGCUAAGAGAAGCACUAAACAGGAUAUUCGAGAUCCAAGGAGAAUGAAAAAGACUGAAGAAGAAAGACCACAGGAAACUGCAAAUCAACAUUCUAUGAAGUCAGGCAAUGAACCAAAGGAAAAUUUAGAAAAUUGGCCAAGUUCCAAGUCUGCUAAGAGGUGGAAGUCUGGUUGGGAAGAAAAUAAAAGCUUACAGCAAGGUGAUGAACAUAACAAAUCUCCUCAUUUAAGGCAUAGGGAGAGCUGGUCAAGCACUAAAGGAAUUUUGUCACCUCGAGCUCCAAAGCAGCAGCAUCGAUUAAGUGUAGAUGCCAAUCUUCAGAUUCCUAAGGAGUUAACUCUUGCAAGCAAGAGAGAGUUAAUUCAAAAGACGAGUGAACGUUUAGCAUCUGGUGAAAUUACACAGGAUGAGUUCCUUGUUGUUGUGCAUCAAAUUCGACAACUAUUUCAGUAUCAAGAAGGUGUUCGAGAAGAGCAGAGAUCGCCAUUCAAUGAUCGUUUCCCACUUAAACGACCUAGAUAUGAAGAUUCAGAUAAACCAUUUGUAGACAGCCCAGCAUCAAGAUUUGCUGGCCUUGAUACAAAUCAGCGACUUACAGCUUUAGCUGAAGACAGACCAUUAUUUGAUGGACCUAGUAGGCCAUCAGUAACAAGAGAUGGCCCAACCAAGAUGAUUUUUGAAGGACCUAAUAAAUUAAGCCCUAGAGUUGAUGGACCUCCUACACCAGGUUCUCUUCGGUUUGAUGGGUCACCAGGACAAAUGGGGGGAGGAGGCCCUUUGAGAUUUGAAGGACCACAAGGUCAGAUAGGAGGUGGGUGUCCUUUGAGAUUUGAGGGGCCUCCAGGACCAGUAGGGACACCUCUGCGAUUUGAAGGGCCAAUUGGUCAAGCAGGAGGAGGUGGUUUUCGGUUUGAAGGAUCCCCUGGUCUGAGGUUUGAGGGAUCUGCAGGUGGUUUGCGAUUUGAAGGACCAGGGGGUCAGCCUGUGGGUGGUCUCAGGUUUGAAGGUCAUCGUGGUCAACCUGUGGGUGGUCUCAGGUUUGAGGGACCUCAUGGUCAGCCCGUGGGUGGUCUUAGAUUUGAUAAUCCACGAGGUCAGCCUGUAGGUGGACUUAGAUUUGAAGGGGGUCAUGGCCCAUCAGGGGCUUCGAUGAGGUUUGAUGGACCUCAUGGUCAGCCAGGAAGUGGGAUCAGAUUUGAGGGUCCUUUGUUACAGCAAGGAGUUGGAAUGAGGUUUGAGGGCCCCCAUGGCCAGUCUGUAGCUGGCCUGAGAUUUGAAGGACAACAUAAUCAGCUUGGUGGCAACCUUAGGUUUGAGGGUCCACAUGGUCAACCAGGGGUUGGGAUCAGAUUUGAAGGGCCUUUAGUUCAACAAGGAGGUGGCAUGAGGUUUGAGGGUCCUGUACCAGGAGGUGGCCUGAGAAUUGAAGGGCCUCUGGGUCAAGGUGGUCCAAGAUUUGAAGGUUGUCAUGCUUUAAGGUUUGAUGGGCAGCCAGGUCAACCAUCACUUUUGCCAAGAUUUGAUGGAUUGCAUGGUCAGCCAGGUCCUAGAUUUGAAAGAACUCCUGGUCAGCCAGGCCCACAGAGGUUUGAUGGACCACCUGGACAGCAGGUUCAACCAAGAUUUGAUGGUGUACCUCAAAGAUUUGAUGGUCCACAACACCAGCAGGCAUCAAGGUUUGAUAUUCCUCUUGGUCUACAAGGCACACGAUUUGACAAUCAUCCUUCACAAAGGCUUGAAUCUUUCAAUCAGACUGGCCCAUAUAAUGAUCCACCUGGCAGUUCUUUUAAUGCUCCAUCCCAAGGACUACAGUUCCAGAGACAUGAACAAAUAUUUGACUCACCCCAAGGACCAAACUUUAAUGGACCACAUGGCCCUGGAAACCAGAGUUUCUCAAAUCCCCUUAACAGAGCUUCUGGACACUAUUUUGAUGAAAAGAAUCUUCAGAGUUCUCAGUUUGGAAACUUUGGUAAUUUACCUGCUCCAAUAUCAGUAGGAAAUAUUCAAGGACCUCAACAGGUUCUGACUGGUGUAGCUCAGCCAGUAGCAUUUGGCCAAGGACAACAGUUUUUACCAGUUCAUCCACAAAAUCCAGGAGCAUUUGUACAGAAUCCUUCAGGAGCUCUUCCUAAAGCAUAUCCUGAUAAUCAUCUCAGUCAGGUGGAUGUAAAUGAAUUGUUUUCAAAACUGCUAAAAACAGGAAUUCUCAAAUUGUCCCAGCCUGAUUCAGCUACAACACAGGUAAAUGAAGUUGCUGCUCAGCCUCCUGCUGAAGAGGAGGAAGAUCAAAAUGAAGAUCAAGAUGUUCCAGAUCUUACUAAUUUUACAAUUGAAGAAUUGAAACAACGUUAUGACAGUGUUAUAAAUCGACUGUACACUGGUAUUCAGUGUUACUCUUGUGGAAUGAGGUUUACAACUUCACAGACAGAUGUAUAUGCAGAUCACUUGGACUGGCAUUAUCGGCAAAAUAGAACUGAGAAAGAUGUUAGCAGAAAAGUCACUCACAGACGUUGGUACUACAGUUUAACAGACUGGAUAGAAUUUGAGGAAAUAGCUGACCUGGAAGAACGUGCAAAGAGUCAGUUUUUUGAAAAGGUGCAUGAAGAAGUUGUGCUUAAAACUCAGGAGGCUGCUAAAGAAAAGGAGUUCCAAAGUGUACCUGCUGGGCCAGCUGGAGCAGUUGAGAGUUGUGAAAUCUGUCAAGAACAAUUUGAACAGUACUGGGAUGAAGAGGAGGAAGAGUGGCACUUAAAAAAUGCUAUUAGAGUAGAUGGAAAGAUUUAUCAUCCAUCAUGUUAUGAAGAUUAUCAAAAUACAUCUUCAUUUGAUUGUACACCAUCUCCCAGCAAGACACCAGUUGAAAACCCUUUGAACAUUAUGUUGAACAUUGUCAAAAACGAAUUGCAGGAACCCUGUGAAAGUCCCAAAGUUAAGGAAGAACGAAUUGAUACCCCACCAGCUUGUACCGAGGAAAGUGUAACAUCAGCCACUGAAAUUAAGACAGAAAAUGAUACAGUUGAGUCAGUUUAAAUAAAAUGAGAAAGGUAUGUUUUUCUUAAAAAAAAAAAGAAAAAGAAAAAAAGCUGCUGUUGGAUCUAGGUGAAGAAUUUUUUAAUGUAUAUAUAGACAUAUAUCUAUAUAAAUUGCCUAGCUGAGGCAGGGCCUUCAGCUAUCAUUUGGUUAAUAAAUACAUUUUAGUAUUUGCAUUUCCUACUGCCUGCACAGAUUCAGGUGCUUGUUGUGUGAAAGUUCUGUAGAUGUGUGCAAAUUUAACAAAAUGAAAUUGUAUGUGUAAAAAUGUACGAUUUUCACUUGUGAAACUGUAAAUUAUAAAUAAAAAUAUUUUUGCUAUCCAUGGAGUGUAAUAUUUAUGCACACCAUCAAAUAUAGUGUUUCUGUGCUUUUUAUUGGGCAAAAAUGGAACUAAGAUUUUUUUUUCCUGAUAGCGUCCCAUAAUUAAAGGUGGAAGUUUCAUCCUUCAAAAGGGGACUGUGAGAGCAUUUCAGGGCUUUUCUCAAAUAGAAAAGCCAGAUUUGAAAGAUUUAUAAAAUAGGAUAUACACACAUAUGUAUCUCCAUAUGGUUCUCUGUAGACACCGUUCAGAUGUCCGUUUUGGAAAGCGUCUAAUGAAGCAGCUUUCAUUCUUGAGAUUGGACACUGAUACCAAGCGAUUAACAUGAGUACUGAAGAUGAUUUUUUUAGAAGCUAUUUUCAAAUUGUCAGAACAGUUUAAUGCAGAUGAACAUAUUUCUAUUUUAAAUUACAGGGAAACUGUUCAUUGAAACUUGGUUAACCUUUUUCUUUUGUUGGCUUUGAUUGAAUUAGAUGGAUACCAUGAGCUGUUAAUAUUCAUACAUGUAAUAAAUAGAAUAAUGAAGAAA